CAUUUUUGAUACAAAUUCACAUUCUUGCCAACCAUUCACACUCCUCGCCUCUGCCCACUUUCCCCUCGUUCGUGACGUGAGCAUCAAUUGUGCAGCUACACUGCUAUAAGCUCGAUCGAGAAAGGACGCCUGACGCCUAUCCGCUCGAUCGCCAUCUCGACUUUGCCGUCAUCGUCGCUCGUCUUCAUCUCGCCACCUCUCUCCGUCAAGUCGCACGUUGCUGCAAAUGUCGCAUCCCUCCCGUCUAUUCGCUGCUCGCAGCAGCGUCGGGGCUGUGCUGGCCACAAGCAGCGCUGCGCGUCGCAUGGCUCAACAGAGCCCGUGUAAGCUAUGCUCAGCAGUUGGUCCCUCCAUCUCUCCAUCGCAGCCAAUGUCUUGCUCGCGUCUUUUCAGCACGACGGUCCAGUCGAGAAUAUCCGCCUCGCAAUCAGCUCCAUCAUCUUUCAAAAUUUCUGCGCCCGCAAAAUCAGAGUCGUCUGGUCAACCUCCUUCGAGCCGACCUUCUCCUCGCUCAAGAGCAGACGCAAAGGCGCGCACAGCCAUUGGGCCAUUCACACCGCUCAGUGCAGGUCUGCUACUAGCGACGAGCAUUGCCCUCUUUUUCUACUUUCAGUCGGAAAAAGCAGAAGUGGAGAGAAGAAAGGCGAGCGAGAAGAAGAAUGAAAAGGUUGGAAGACCGAGGAUUGGAGGGGAAUUUAGCUUGGUCAUGCCCGUGCUCGGUGGAGGCAGCGAGGGCGAGAGGAUCGAAGCUAGAUCUUUUACUGAGAAGGACUUGGUAGGCGCUUGGACUCUGCUAUACUUUGGCUUCACCAACUGCCCUGAUAUUUGCCCCGAAGAGCUUGACAAGAUGGGCAAAGUGGUCGAUCAGAUUGAUUCCAAGUACGGAGCGAUCAUCAACCCCAUCUUUAUCACAUGCGACCCCGCUAGAGAUACGCUCGCAGCCACAUCCACCUACGUCUCCGAGUUUCAUCCUCGAAUGGUUGGCUUGACGGGUAGCUACGAAGCUGUCAAGAAAGCGUGCAAGGCUUUCAGGGUGUACUUUUCCACCCCGCCCGGGGCGGACCCUUCGAACGAUUACUUGGUCGACCACAGCAUCUUUUUCUACCUCAUGGACCCUGAGGGCAAGUUUGUAGAUGCAUUUGGAAGGUCGCAGACGGCGGAAGAUGUGCACGCAAAGGUGGAGGGAUUCGUAUCUCGCUGGCAGAGCGAAGGAAAUGCUUUGGGCCGCGCAGAUAUCAAGACGAGGGUGCAGGAGGAUGAGAGCAGAAAAGUACCCUUCUGAAGAAGCUGAGCUCGUCGUGUUUCUACACGUACUGCCAAUCCGAUGCGCAUACACGUCA